UUGUGGUUGUACCAAAGACUUUGAAACGGUUUUCUGUCAGUAAGGUGAAAUGUGUCACGAAAGACUCUUCUAACGAAUGGGUUCAUGCUUGGUUCAUGGGUGGCAUGUGAAUGAGGCUACCGGCGUGUGAACCCACCAGCCACAGCCAUGAUGCUGCUAGGUGUAGCCCUCCGGUCCUCCUGCCUGCAGUGUGCCUGUGCUUCAGCGGGGAACGCCGCGCUGAGGAGGACUCUGUCAGGUGGCCUGAGGAGGGCGUACGUCUCCUCCAGCGCCAGCCGUCGAGCCGUGGGCGGGAGCGUCGCCCCCGUCUUCACCAGGUCUCCGGGGUUCGGGGACAGGCUGGCGAUCCUGGACUCCAGCGGGAGCCACAGCUACCGGGAGCUGUAUGCCAGCAGCCUGGGCUUGGCUCACAGGAUAAAGGAGACGCUGGACUGUGGCUCCGGGGACCUCCAGGGCCAGCGGAUCUCCUUCCUGUGUGCCAACGACGCCUCUUACGUGGUGGCGCAGUGGGCCUCCUGGAUGUGCGGGGGUGUGGCUGUGCCCCUCUACAGGAAGCACCCCCCGUGCGAGCUGGAGUACAUCGUCGCUGACUCCCAGAGUUCCCUGCUGGUGGCGGGGCACUCGUACUCCGAGGCCCUGGAGCCCCUGGCGCUCAAACUGGGGCUGCCCUGCCUGCAGCUGCCCCCGUCCUCCAGCCUGCUGUCCCUGAGCACGGCGCAGACCGAGCUCUCCGUUUCUGAUUGGGCGGACAGGCCGGCCAUGAUCAUCUAUACCAGCGGCACCACAGGCAGGCCUAAAGGAGUGCUCAGCACACACACAAACCUGCAGGCGAUGGUUCAGUGUCUGGUCUCAGAGUGGGGCUGGUCCAAAGACGAUGUCAUUCUCCACACCCUGCCACUCCACCAUGUCCACGGCGUUGUGAACAAACUGCUGUGUCCACUCUGGGUGGGCGCCACCUGUCUGAUGCUGCCGGAAUUUCAGCCGCAGAAGGUGUGGGAGUACCUGCUCAGCUCCAGGGCUCCACGGGUGAACGUGUUCAUGGCCGUUCCCACCAUCUACUCCAAACUGAUCCAGCACUACGAGCAGCACUUCACCCAGCCGCACGUGAAGGACUUUGUCAAAGCCGUCUGCACGGAGAAGAUCAGGCUGAUGGUGUCGGGCUCGUCCGCGCUGCCCCAGCCCACCCUGGAGCGCUGGCAGGAGAUCACGGGACACACCCUGCUGGAGCGCUACGGCAUGACCGAGAUCGGCAUGGCGCUGUCCAACCCGCUGAAGGGCCCGCGCGUUCCAGGUGCAGUAGGCAGACCCCUUCCUGGGGUGGAGGUGUGCAUCGUUAUGAACACCACCUGCUCCACCAUCGCCGAGGGCAACAGCAAGGAGACUAAGGUGAGACCGGGUCUGGAGGGGAAGGAGGGGGAGCUGCUGGUCCGGGGGCCCUCGGUCUUUAAGGAGUACUGGAACAGACCGCAGGAGACCAGGGAGGCCUUUACUGCCCACGGCUGGUUCAGAACAGGGGACACAGCGGCCUACAUGGAUGGCGUGUACUGGAUCAAGGGCCGCACGUCCGUGGACAUCAUCAAGUGCGGCGGCUACAAGAUUAGCGCCCUUGAGGUAGAGAGGCACCUGCUGGCCCACCCGGAUAUUGCAGACGUGGCUGUGAUUGGUGCGCGGGACGCUGUCUGGGGUCAGAAGGUGACCGCUGUGGUGCAGCUGAAGCAGGGAACGAGCCUUACGCUGCAGGAGCUGAAGACCUGGGCCAGAGAGCACAUGUCGUCCUACACCAUCCCCACCGGCCUGGUCCUGGUGGACGAGAUGCCCCGGAACCAGAUGGGAAAGGUCAACAAGAAGGACCUGCUGAAGAUGUUCUUCCCCAGCUAAGGAGGCUUCUGACUGCUUCUCUACUGCCCUGGGGACAGCCACCACUGGAGCCUCCGCUAGUCCUGCAGCUCCAGACAGGGUGGGGGCGACUACCACAAACACACCGGGAACAAGAAUGGCUGGAUCCAUUUGGGGUGAAGGCUACUCACACGGGUCAGUGGGUUCCCUGACAGACAGACAGGACAGACGGACAGAGCAGCAUGCGGGCGACACUCCUCACAGGAGGGGGUGUUCUGCUGACCAGGGUCCAGGCCAGACAGCAUUCCUAAAACCGUUAGCACACCUCCAUUACAACCUCCAUUCUGUCCUCCUGACAGACCAGCCAAUCACAGUGACCGCACACGCUCAACUCACCAGCCAAUCACAGUGACCGCACACGCUCAACUCACCACCCACCCAGUGACCAGACUCAUUCAGUUCACCACCUGCUCUGUGACUGCACACGUUCAAUUCAACUCUCUCACACAGACACAGUUUGGUGUUUAUGAUCUUAGUUGUUGGAGUGAAAAUGUCGCCUUAGGAAAUGAGACCUUAGACACUUACUUAUGCCCCAAAAACAUAAGUGAUGUCAUAUGGUUAAAUAAAUAUCUGUUUUUAAAGUG